GGCAGAAUCUGUAGGAUUUUCAAUAUAAAUUCAUGUAAAAAAUAACAAAUACCAUAAUUAGAAAGUUUAAAAACAUGUCAUUUGCCAUCAUUUCAUAUGUGAUAUUUUAUGAAAUUACAAAGUUAUUGGUUCUUUUUAAACUUUUUACGGUCCGUAAAAGUUGUAGUACCUUUUUUCCACCAGUAGAGUGAGUAUAAGACAAUUUAUAGCAGAGCAGCUCGAAUGUACAGCUCAGAAGCGAUUCCUACAUUAGUUGAGAGAAAGGGAAGAAGAGGUGGAGCUUCGCACAGUGGCAGUGUUUCGACUGAAUUGCCUCACCAAUCUUCACGUGAAUUUGUGAGAGCAGAGCUUCCAGAGAAGUUUAGAUAAAUUGACCUUGGCUUGUCUAUUUGAUAUAAAGCAUGGAUGAAACCACUUCAAAGCGACCAAUAUCACCGCCAGAGUUAGCUUCUGGUAAGAAGAAAAAAGUACGCUACGAGUCACAAAAGCUAUAUGACAAGAAGCGUGGGAAAACUAGAAUAAAUAUCGGCGUCGCCUUCACGCGCUGGAGACAGCUUCGUAACAACAAAGGACUGAAGUCUGACGCAGAGUUGGCAACAUUUCUUCUCGACCGAUUUGAAAAAGGUCCUCAAACAUCAACGCCAAUGAAGAGAGGUGUUUGGCACGCAGACACCAUAUCAAGCAUUGCAUCAAGUGAUACAGACGAGCAAGGAGACAAGGCAACAUCGGAACUUGCAAAAGCAGACACAACAAAGCCUCAUGGAUUGGCUGAACUUGAAUGGAGCCUAACUGAGAUGAGCAUUGAUGAUGAACAACAUGUUGAUGAAGGAGCCAUCAAUGAUCUGAGAAAUAGCGUAAUUGACUGGGCUGGUGACGCUCCCCUUGAAAGGCCUAUACAAACGGAGGAAAUGGACAUCGGAGAUGAAGAGGAUAUGCCCUCACUUUCUAUCAAAUUCGGAGGCGCUUUGAAUCAGGUUCCAUCCCUCGACAAACUUCCAGUAAUUGGUUUGGAUGAGACGGUGCAUGACUUGAUCCCAGAACUGGAUCCUGUUCCAGAGACGUGCACAUACAGUGACUCGGCAUGUGAUCUCAGGCUCCCCCAAGUAAAGACGGCAGAACAUAUUGUAGGAGCUAAAGCGUCCAUCAUUUAUGAGGAAUGCUUGAGGCACCUGGCUUCUUUUGUAACUUUGCCAGUUCAAAAGUGUGCCAAAUUGAAAGAGACGGGUGAAGUAUGUCAGCAGUGCCCACCAUACAGAGUCCACAUCAAAGAGAGAGGCACAGCAAGUGUUUUAGAAUGGAUCUGUGCUGAUGGACAUCUUGUGUGGCAAUGGGUUUCACAGCCUGUAAUGAAAUUUGGGAUGCAGGCUGGUGACUUCAUGCUUUCAACAAACAUCUUGUUGUCUGGAAACAAUUACAACAAAGUAGCACUACUCUUCAAGUUCAUGAACAUGGGAAUGGUUGGAAGAGGAACAUUCUUUUCCAUCCAAGACACAUACUGUGUCGACACAGUUAAAAGUUACUGGAUGCAGAAAAGGGCUGAAGCCAUAGCUAAACUGCAGAGAAAAGAUGUUGUGGUCCUUGCUGACGGGAGGAAUGACACUCCAGGACAUUGUGCACAAUACUGCAGUUACACUGCAAUGGAGAAUGAUACACGGGAGAUCAUCAGUGUUGUAACUGUAGAUAAGAGACAGACCGACAGAAGAUCAACUGUUAUGGAAAAGGAGGCCUUCAUUCGAACAGUUGAUCAGCUUAUGGCUGAGGUGAAGCUGGUGGAAAUCUGUACAGAUGCCCACUCACAGAUUAGUGCUGUCAUGGAUCCUGAAAAGGGGAGGUAUAAGGGACAUGGAAUAAAUCACAGUCUUGACAUGUGGCAUGGAGCUAAAAACCUGGCCAAAAAAAAUCGCUGCAGCUGCCAAGAUAAAGGAACAGUCGGCUCUACUACUAUGGCUAAAGGACAUUGUAAAUCACUUUUGGUGGUGUUGCAAAAAAGCAGAAAACUUUGAAGAGUUCUUGAUACUGUGGGUUGGAAUAAUCCACCACGUAUGCAAUGAGCAUGAGUGGGCAACUGGCCAGUGUCAACAUGGUCUAAUAGAGGAAGCCCAAAAGGAGUGGAUAGAGAAUGAUUCAAAGGUUCAUGAGGCGCUUGUGGAUAUUGUUCUGAAGAAGCGGUGGCUGAAGGAUAUCCAUAAGUACUUGCGUUUUAGAUCUACAGCUGACUUGGAGAGUUUUCACAACCACGUCCUCAUGUAUGCAAGCAAGCGUUUUGCUUUCACUCCUCCAGUCUAUGAAGCCCGUGUUAUUCUGGCUGCCCUGGACUACAAUUUCCAUCUUGGUCGGCCAACAAGACAGAGAGCAGAUGGCUCCAACAUGUACACACGGAUUUUCAGAAAAAAUGCAAAACGUUAUAGCGUUUAUGCAUUGAAGACACCAAAAACAUAUGGCUACAUUCAAGCGCUGCAGACUGAGGUGGUGAAGUGUAGAUUGGAAGCAGAUAAAGGCAUGCCAAGAACACGGACACUGAGGCCAGAUGAUCCACGCAAGCUCGGUCGACUUCCACCUGUACCUCCCCCAUCCGUUGAAGAACUUGUACAAACACAAGUGAAAAGGGGUCUCGGUCCAGAAUUCAACACCAAUCCUCCUUCUGUAUAAGGAUGUUGUCAGACCUACGAUGACGACCAACACAGAGUAGAAAGCAGUCUGCAGAUGCAGAAUCUACACCAUAGCAGAUGCUGACGAGCUCCUGCUCCAUUCCUCCUCUCUGAUGAACAAGACUCGGAGUCCCACACUUGAUUCAGGACCUCAUCUGCCAACCCAGAGGAAGUAUUCCAGCCUUUUCCCUCCGAGGACCAUGCUCUCACGUGUGGAGAUGGUUCUCAUCCCAGCAACUCCACACUAGACUGAUCUGCUCCAGUGACAGCAGAAGGUCAUGGCCAAGGUCUCCAAAAAGCAAACAUCUGAUGCUUAGGUCACAAAAUCUGCCCCCUCAUCCCCAUUACUGCAUCUAAGAAUUAUUUCCAUAACUGUAAUGAACAAAAAAAGUGGAAAAUGUGUAUUCAGUCAGUGGUGUUUGCCACAGAUAAAACAUCGUCAAGAAGGAUUGAAUAUCUGUUGUGCAAUCAAACUUUCACAUCCUUUGUAUGGAUAUGUGGCUUUUUUUUGUAGAUAGGCUUUGGUCUAUGGGGUUUUUGUUGUGUAUAUACUGUGUAUUGCUGCUGUUGCAUCAGUUAUAUUUAUCUAUUUUUUGCAGUUAAAUUGUAAUAAACAUUUGUCUUGUU